GUUCUUAAAACAAUUUGAACCCUCUGAAAGAAGUUCUCAAGUACACCUAGAUAUAAAGAUAGAUGGAACAAUACGGGCACUAGGCUUACAAUGGGACAUGGGAAAAGAUGUAUUUAAAUAUAGUCUUCACUUACCUUCUAUGGCUGCUACUGUAACUAAGAGAACAAUCCUAGCCGACAUUCAAAGAUUAUUUGAUCCACUUGGCUGGUUAGCACCUUCUAUAUUGCCUGCAAAAUUACUCAUACAACAUUUAUGGAUACAAGGAAUUUCAUGGGAUGAAGAAGUUAACCACUUAAUUGCAGAAAAAUGGAGAAAACUGCGAGAAAGCUACCAAUACUUACCUGAGGUAGAGAUCAACCGGUGGCUGCAUACAUCUGAAAAUGUAAUGAAUAAUGUUACAGUUCAUGGUUUUUGUGACGCAUCUACUCAAGCAUACGCUGCAGUUGCUUACUUAAGAGUUCAACUAUAGAUGGAUUGGUUAAGACAGAAAUAAUUGCAGCGAAAACACGUUUAGCUCCUAUCAAACCUCAAUCCUUACCUCGUUUGGAGCUUAACGGGGCUGUACUCCUGGCGGGACUCCUGAAAAAAAUAAAGGAAGCUAUGAAAAUACCUACCUGUCAAAUAUUCGCGUGGACGGAUUCCACCAUAGUACUCUCUUGGCUUUUGGGAGAUCCUGCAAGGUGGAAUACAUUUGUGAGAAACAGAGUUGUUGAGAUAUUAGACAACAUUGGCAACCAGAAUUGGUAUCACUUCCAAUCACAAGACAACCCUGCUGAUGCAGCUUCUAGAGGGAAGCACAUGCUAGAUCUGAAAGGUGAUAAAAUGUGGUGGAACGGUCCUGAAUGGCUAAGCACAAGUAAUAUUAAAUACAGCAGACCAGCAAACAUAACAACGAACCUAGAAAGAAAGAUCAUAUCAGUACAAGUGAAUCUAAAACAAACAAACGAAAGUUCUAGUAUAGCUACUAAGUUUAACAGAUUUGAUAAUUUAACAGAACUAUUAAAAGUUAUAAUAUAUUGCAAAAGAUUCUUCAAAGGAAGGGAAUUGGAAAAUAAGGCAACUACAAUAACUACAACAGAAUUAGAAGAAGCUUUAAAAACAUGUAUAAAAAUUGUACAAAGGGACACAUUUGAAGAAGACAUACAAAACCUAAAAUCAAUAAAAAGGGUAAAAAAUUAUAGUAAAAUAAAGUCUCUUUUACCUUACCUGGAUGAUGAAGGUAUCCUCAGGGUGGGCGGCCGAUUACGUCACUCUGACCUUGAUGAAAAUUGCAAACAUCCUAUUAUAUUAGACAGCGAAAAUCACUUGAGUGCACUUAUAGUAUCUGAUGCUCACUUGAAGACACUACAUGGUGGAACGCAAUUGAUGCUUGGAUAUUUAAGAUUAAAAUACUGGAUCCUGAAAUCAAAGAAAUUGGUAAAAAUUAAAAUUCGCAAUUGCCUCAUAUGUGCCAAGCAAAACGCUGUAGCUAAAUCACAAUUAAUGGGAGACUUACCUCGUGUAAGAAUUACGCCUGCUCGACCCUUUCUACACAGUGGAGUAGACUUUGCUGGCCCUUACCAAAUCCUGAGAUCUAAAGGUAGAGGAUUUAAUACAAUUAAGGCUUACAUAGCAAUCUUUGUUUGCACGUCAACGAAAGCCAUACACCUAGAAUUGGUUGGAGACCUUACCUCGGAGGCCUUUAUUGUAGCUUUCAGAAGAUUUGUAGCAAGAAGGGGAAGAUGUGCACAUCUCUGGAGCGACCAGGGAAGAAACUUCGUAGGUGCCAACAAAGAACUUGUAGCAGCUUGGGCAGACGCAAAGAUGAAGUUUGAGGGUCAUAUUUCUGAAAUGUUAGCAUUAGAUGGCACACAAUGGCAUUUCAUACCAGCCUAUAGUCCUCACAUGGGCGGAUUAUGGGAAGCAGGUGUCAAAUCAAUGAAAUACCACAUGAAAAGAAUAUUGACUUGCAACCUAACCUAUGAAGAAAUGAUGACCUUACUGUGUCAAAUAGAAGCUUGCCUUAACUCACGCCCGCUUAGCCCUAUUGAUGACUCAGACACGGACAACAUACUGCCACUUACACCAGGGCACUUCUUAAUAGGCGAAGCUCCAAUCAAUGUACCCCACUCUGAUCUAAAGAACAUUCCUGUCAGUCACUUGUCACGAUGGCAACAUCAACAGAAGCUUCUAUCAGAUUUUUGGCGAAGAUGGCAACAAGAGUACUUGACCAGGUUACAGCAGAGACCUAAGUGGCAAGAAAAAGUGAAGGAAUUUGAAAUAGGACGCAUUGUUCUUAUAAAAUGUGACAAUCUCCCUCCUGGCAAAUGGAUGCUGGGUCGUGUGGUGGAUAAGCACCCAGGUCAUGAUGGAGUGACUAGGGUGUAUAGUGUUAAAAGUGGUGAAAGUGUAGUGCAAAGACCAAUGAACAAAUUGUGUCCUUUACCUAUAGAUAUAGACUGAUGUUUUAUUCCAAAUCAUUUAUGGUUAAAUUUUAUUUUGCAUGUAUUAAAUGUUCUAGUAUGUAUUCCCAUUUACAUGAAAAUUGUGUCAAAUAGUUUUUUAUUUUUUUAAUUUUGAUUGGAAUAUGUCCAUUACUAUAAAGCUUAAUGAAUUUAGGGUGUUACCUUUAUCAAAAAUGUAUGUAAUCACAUAUAUUGUAUAACAAAUGUCAUGUAAAAUUAUUAUAUUUGGAGAAUGUCUGAAAUGUAACAAGUUAGAUAAUAAAGGACUUUAUGAGUCCUUUGGUGGGCGGCAUGUUCGAGCAAUAUUGUAAUGCGUGUGUGUUGUAUGUAAGAUGAACAGUAUACAAGUGUGAGUGAGGUCUUUAAUAAGGUAAAAUGUAAUUUAAAUGUUUAGUAGCAAAUAAACCACCGUAUC